GAUGUCAGACCAGGGGAAAAUGAAGUCCCAUCUGAAGAUGCACUAAUAUUGCAACUGCAGCUUGUAAAAGGGCAAGAGAAAUUUGUUGAAAUGCUAAAAAACCAGCAGAAGGUAAUUGUGGACUUGCAGCAAAAACUUAUUGAACAACAGAACACACUGGUUAGCCAGCAACGAGAAAUUCUUGAACAGCAAAGAAAAAUGUAUGAGCAAAUGGAUCUGAUAAAAGUCCAGUAUGGCAUGCUUUUCAACACAGUGAAACAAAUGUCAUUCCAGAGUUUGCAGGAAGAUAUUCAAAAUUAUUUUGAAGCUCAUCUUCAAGGACUUCAGAACCAAGUCAGAAAUCAUCUCCAGAAAUCAUACUCUGUGCAUAAAGUAGAAGUUGAUGCAAAAGUGAUUGAUGUUGGGGAAUCUUUGCUGGACUGUGGCUUUUGUGAAAGUGAUGAAUUUUGCAAUUUCCAAAAGACACCAUCACAAUGUGAAAAAUGCACCUUGUGCCCUGCUGGCUUUUUCCAAAUGUCUGCAUGUUCUGCAAACACUGAUAGGAUUUGUCAGGACAGAGAUGAAUGCACUGAAUCUCCUAACAUUUGUGGUGAGAGGAUAAAAUGCCUGAAUACCCCAGGUGGCUUCCGAUGUCUUGGGAUUGCUGAAAGAGAUGCGACAUUGGGAUUGUGUGGAGAGGAGUAUUUCUUUAACAAAGAAAUGCAGGAAUGCCAGGCGUGCUCAGAGUGCGAAGAUGGAGCGGUAGCUGUCCCUUGUUCUGCAGCCAGUGACACUGUUUGUUCAGCAGCCAGUGAAAACAAGCUUUCCGAAUCUUGGGCUGGAAACAUUAUUUUACCCUCAGCAAAAUCUGACCGCUGUCAGGUCUACCCUGGCUUAUACUUGAAGAUAAAUGGAAGGCUUCACUGUGAAAUUAUAUCAGUUGAAGAUAACUGCCUGGUAUUCAGACAACAUGGUUUGAUGUGGACUGAUCUCAAUUUUGCUGUAAAGCACAACUGCAGAAACUUUCUUCAACUCUCCUUGAAACUAAACAACAGUGAGGAAGGCUGUGAACUGAGUGCUGUUCGUGUUGAGCAACCAGAAGGCAAAUAUUUCCAGAGCACGAGUUUAAGCAGUGCUGCAGAGGUAGAGCCAAGCCAAAUUCUCUCUGUGUUUCUGAGGAGUCCAAAUCAAUUCUGCAACCAAAGUAAAGACUUAAGUAUUUAUGAUCUUAAUACACCACUCAGUUUGUUUUGGUUAUCCCAUGAUACGGGUGCAGUGGCCAUGAGUGCGCAGAUGUCAACUGCAAUACACUACCAAACUAACUAUCGACCAACCUUUAAAGUUAUUUCCGUUUCUGACCCUUACAUGCUAAGUUUAUCGCAUGAUGGCAGAGCUAUAAAGUUCACCGAAAUGGGUGUUGUCAAAUUUGUUUUUCAUCAAGCAUUGUAUUCCAUGGGCCACGCAUGUGUUCGUGAAGGCUUUUCCUUAGUUUCAUACAUUAAUAGGAAUGGUACCAACAGAGAAUUAAUGAAUAUAUUUAAGUCUGGUGUAAAUUACAGAGACACCUCAAUAUCUGCCUCUCAGGCCACCAAAGUCAAUGCUGGGGAUUUGAUUAGCUUUGAAAUACUUUCUCCUCCUCAAUGUAACGUUCGGUAUUUUGGAGACAGCUCUGGGAUUAGUAUGUUCAGCCUCAUCUGGAUCCCAUCUGCAGUUUCCACUGCCAUAUCAGCUACAGUUUUUGUUACAGGUUUGCCUACAGGAGUGGUCAGAAACAAAUUAUUGUGUUUCACCCAAGUCUCCUCCCAUGAGAAACAAAUACAGUUAGUUGCUUCAGGACAACUGGCUCAGAAGUAUUUCACCUUUACAGAAAGGGGGAUUGCCAGUGUUGCUCUUAAUUUAAAGCUGAUCCACUCUUGCUAUAUACUCAAAAUGACUCUAAAUCAGUUGCUUAGAGAUCAGAUGCAACCCACAGCAAUUGCUCAGCAAAUUGGAGGUCAGAUACCAGAGGGAAGCCUGUGGACCAGCGUGUCCCUCCACUCUUCUUUUGACGUGCAUAAUGGCACAUUGAUAUUUGUUUCUCUUGACUGUGUGCGUGGAAGGAUCAAUCAGAUUGCUCAUGAACAUGGAACCAGCAUAUCUAUUUUAUGGAUUUCAUCUUAAUUAUGGUAGAGUGAAGCAAUUGUGGACAGACAGUUUUCUGUGACAUUUGAAUUUUUCUAUGUGAACGUGCACAGAAUAUUGCAUUAAAAUAUUAUUGGUAGGAACCCUUAAAAGUAAUCUUAGUUGGAUUGUCACUCUCUAAACACAAUGGAUAUAUCUGCUUUUCCAAGUGAUUUCUCUGACAUCUGGGAACAAUAGAAGCUUGGAUCCAGUUCUAACUUUAUUUUUUAACAAAGCAGUGCCUUAAAAUAAGAUUUUGUAGGAUUCAAACAAAAGGAGGAAGGAAAGAGAAAUGGAUGAUUUUUAAAAGGUACUGAAAAUGGAAAACCGAAACAAUCUGCACCUGCUUUCACAUACUGUUAUGCCUUCCCUAUAAAAGGGCAAUACCAGUCUUUUUGCUUUUGUCAUCUUAUCCAGCCCUUACAGAGUGGUGGGACUUUGUGUAAACUGAAAGAAUUUGCUUCAGACUGAAGGUAGAAAAAAAGAUAACAGAUGUUUAGAAGCAGGGCUGAUCAGAGUAGAAUGUAAUUUUUACAAACUUGGUUUUUAACAAAGAAAAGGAAGUAAAUGGCUGUUUUUGUUUCA